AAGCUUCUUGCAUAGUGUGGCCUCCUUCUAGGUGGCAAGUGAUAUCAAGCGCUCUACCUGCUUCCAGAGUUCCUUUAAAUAUUAAGCCUAUAAUAAGGGGAUUCUAACAAAUUGCUAAAAAUUAAAUAUACAAAUAAAUAGUACAAAUAAAGCAUAAAAAUGAGGGCCAUAUCAUUGGUAAAAAAAAUUGAGUUUGAAUUUGCUGGAAAUGUCUCCCGGAAUGCUUUAACUUUAGGAGAUGUAGAUAAUGAUGGAUGUAUUGAGCUUGUUAUAGGAAAUAAUGAAGGAGAAGUUGCCAUUUUUAAGGGAACCGAGAGAUUACAAACAAUAUCAGAUCUUACAUUUAUCGCAUGUGUAGCAGUUGGGGAUGUUAAAAAUGAAGAUAAAAAUAGCCUGGUUGUGGUAACUGCUGAUGGUUGGUGUUAUAUUUAUGAUGUUCUCAGUGAAACUCCUGAUGUUAGCCUGGAUGAACCUAUUACUAUUAAUGAGGCUGAGAUGGGAGAAAGUAUAGAUGAAGUAGAUGGGCAAGGCCAAUCUUCCUCAAAUGCUCCCACUACCAACACUGAAACCCAAAGUAGCAGUGAGUCCACAUUUGAUGAAGGGAAAAACAGCUUGAAGAAGGAACCAGAACUGAAGAAUCCACUUAAUUGUGUUCAUAAGCAACGGAUACCUGCAAAUGUAAAAAAUAUAAUGCUAGCUGAUGUAGAUGGAGAUGGUCAAAUUGAAAUGGUCGUCGGCUUGACUGACAGAGUCGUUCGAUCUUACAGGUUUAUGAAACACGCUGAUAACAGUGCUGUGGAUUUGGUUGAAGAAGGUGAUGGGUCAGAGGAGAAACUUUUAGGUACACUAGUUGCUCUAAACAAGUGGGAAUGUGCCAAUCAAAUAGGAUCGCUAACUUUGCAUCAUUCUUUCGACGGGCAACCUUUUAUUUUGGUUGCUCAACCCGGUGGCACUUUUAUGAGAAUCAAGUGCCAAUGUGAGGAUGGCGAUCAUGAAGGUCUUGCAGGAAGCAAUAAGUCUAGUAAUGAUGUACUGCCUAGCUCUGUCGAUUAUGAGUUUUUGGGAAUAUCUAGGAUGCGAAAUCCAAAUAUUUCAACCGAAAUAAUUGGUGAUUUAAAUUCCUGCAGUAAUCAGACAAACUGUGAGGACCCGAAACAUUCGGAUGAAGAUAAGGAGCUGUUUAAGAAUCGACCAUACGCUUUAGCCACUUUAGAUGGCACUAUUAUGUUGGUACAAGAUGAAGUUAUAUUAUGGGCAAUUGCUGUAGAUCACCAAAUAUUCGCCUUGAACAAACUGGAUAUAACAAAAGAUGGUCGGGAUGAUAUUGUGGUUUGUGCUUGGGAUGGUCAAACUUACAUUUUGGAUCAACACAAAAAUUCAGUGAGAUUUCACUUGGAAGAACCAGUUCGAGCCUUUCAUAGUGGAUGGUAUAAUGUGGACGUUGAGGAGCCGGCAGUUACUGCUUUAGUUUACGUCACCUUCAAAAAUACGAUUAUUCUCUAUUACGACAUCCCUCUGAAACACAUGGUUUGCAAAAAAUUCGAACCAAAUGCAGCUAAGCUCAGCGAGCUUUUCAUUGACAAAGACCGAAACCAGCAACAAGCCCUGGAACAUGUGGUUAACAUGGACAAGAGGACUAAACGUGAAUUAGUAGAGUAUCUGUUAUAUGAUGCGCGAUAAAAGCAUUAAUAUUAUUUGUUUUCUUUAUAUAUAACGGUUUAUUGAAAAAAUUAUACCAGUUUUUGGGAGUAUUUAUUUAAUAUACGUUUUUUGCGAUAACUUUUUUUGUAUAAAAAGUCCAUUUACCGAUUGUCCCCAUGUAAUUAAAUUUUAUUAAUUACACUUUAGCAAACAUUUCCGAUGUCAUUUUUGAGAAGAUUUUUAUGUUCAAUAGAAGAACGCAUACAUAUACAAAGUGUGUUUAAUGAAAUGCGAGUUGAAUUUCAAAGAGUAUAUUUCUGAUUGCACAAUAGUUUUUCCCACUUGUUUAAGUGUAAACAAACAAAAACAUACUAAAAAAUACCUGCUUAGGCCUUACAAAUUUUUGAGAUCAUCUACGUUCGCUUAAUAUUUACAACUCUAUUAUUAUCUUAGAUUCGGUUUUCUUUCCAAGAUUUCAUAUCUACUUACAUGGCUUACUUUAAUUCUUUAAAAGCCAAUUAUUUUUUUAUAGCAAUGAAGAACUGACUGUAUGAUUUGUAAAUCGUUGAUUUUGGAUACACGCGAUUGUUUACGGGAAUAUUUAACAGUGAAACAUGUAAGCAGAUAUGUAUAACGUAAUAUGCAUAUUUAACUAAAAUUACUCUAACAAUCACCGAACAAAUUUACAGAUUACAUGCUAAGAGAUAUGUACAAGUUU